AUUAGCGUAUUUGGUGGGUGAAUGUCCCAGUGCAAAAGGAUCGCUCUUAUCCACAAUUCCUCGUCCUCAACUAGAUAGAAAGAAAGUCAGAGAAUUCAACUGAGGCAUUUCAUCGAACACAUAGAGUGUCAUCCCUAUGGCGACAACAUUCUCGCCUGCAUCUCACGUACGCACCGUUUGCUACGCGUCUAAUCUUCCCAAGAACCGUCUCUCAGUCCCAGAUUUUGGAAAUGUGGGUUGUUGGAGUGCGUCGGCGAAUUACGUCAAGCUUCAGGUGUCGGCGGCGAGAGGGUUUUCCGGGAAGCCCUUCGUUGUUAAGCAGACAUGGAAGAAGAGAAUCGGAGUGUUGAAAUGCGCAACUAUUGAAGAAAUUGAAGCGGAGAAAUCAAUGAUUGAAAAAGCUGUUAAAGAAAAGAUGGAAAAGACUAUUGACAAUGUGAAAACCAGUUUCAAUUCUAUCAGAACCGGAAGAUCAAACCCAUCCAUACUAGACAAAGUCGAGGUGGACUACUAUGGAACACCAGUCCCGUUGAAGAGUAUAGCUCAGAUAAGCACUCCCGAUUCAAGUUCCCUCUUGGUGCAGCCCUAUGACAAAUCCAGCUUGAAGGCUAUAGAGAAAGCAAUUGUGGCCUCUCCCGAUCUUGGUCUGACUCCAAAUAACGAUGGAGAUGUUAUUCGAUUGACCCUUCCUCAACUGACAUCUGACAGGAGGAAGGAGUUAAUAAAGGUUGUGGCUAAGCAGUCUGAAGAAGGCAAGGUUGCUAUAAGGAAUAUAAGAAGAGACGCCAUCAAAUCCUACGACAACUUCAGAAGGAGAAGAAGCUUUCUGAAGAUAAUGUCAAGGACCUCUCUGCUGACUUGCAGAAAGUGACUGAUGAGUACAUGAAGAAGAUCGAUACAAUCCUCAAACAGAAAGAGAAGGAGUUGCUGACAGUAUGAAGGAUUUAUGCAAAGGUGUAGAGAUGUGAAUUCCCAGCACUAGAGAUAUUUUGAGAAGCUCUUUUCCCCUAUGCUUAUGCUUCUUCCUUUUUUUUUUUUUGCUUAUGACAAGUUUAAGAACCAGUACAUGUGUAUGUGGUACAUAGGAAAUGCACUUUGGGGAAAUACGAUGUCGUAUGGUGCUUCAACUUGCUCGAUUGUUCCUCGUUAACUGUACAUUUUCUUGCCAAGGAUAAAGUUGUUUUUUGACAUGAUUGUAUUUCUCAAUUAUAUCUGAUGAUUUGUACCGUAGGAAGUUGAAUAAAUGAUCUCGUAUUAAG